AUGUUUGCUUGGGAUUCGGCUAGGCAAGACGUCGACGACCUUGUAGAGUACUUUUCCAGAGACGAAAGAUUCGAUUUCCAAGGUUUCAUCGCCCACGGAAGUUAUGGCUCUGCGAGUCGCGUCCGGUACCGGAAUCCGACUACAGAAGUAUGGAAAGACUUUGUAGUGAAGAGGGCAUUUCAGUCAGAGACUGCGGAGGAGGCUAUGAGGAAAGAAAGGGAAUACCUUAGGAGAUUCCGCGGUGCUUUACAUAUUGUACAGAUCUUAGAGGUGGAAAAUAACCCUCUAAAUAAUCCCGAUAUCCAGGGAGAGUGGAUUACAAUGGAAUGGCUAUCUUGUGGCUCAUUGGGAGAUUUUAUCGUUAAAGCGAAGAGGAAAACGGAUCGGUUACCGAAUCGUUUGCUCUGGAGGUUCUUUUUAUGCCUCGUAAGAGCUUGUAUAGCCAUGGCGAACCCUCCAAACCGUAGUGAUGGUAGGGUAGAAAGAGAGAGAGUAGCGGGCGAACUUCCAGAAGUAGGCGUAUCGCAUAGUGACCUUCAUAAUGGGAAUGUUGUUCUUGGGGAGCCCCUUGAGGAUUUCGAGCAUACUAUUACGCCAAUUUUAAAGGUUAUUGACUUCGGUAAUGCUGGUGAGUGGGCCUUCAUCGAUUUCACUGGCACGACUACACAUAGCAAUCUCUGGGACAUAGGCAAGCUCAUGGUUAGUUUGAUUACUUUGGACGAACGCCCUCAUAUCGUAAACGUGGGCCAUGGCGCAGUUGCACUACCCGAGCGCGGAAUGAUAUUGACAACAGAUGCCGAACAAAUUCUCCCGCUCGAUGAGCCCGGAGCGCCGUACCCUCUACUCGACUCAGAAUUAGGGAGGCUCGUCUGCUGGUGCCUGGCUACUGAGCCCGAGGAGCGUCCUAGCCUAUGGGACAUAGGUAAUCAAGUGGGAUUUGCUGUAGCCAGUAAGCUGGCGGCGGCUUAUCCUGAUCGCCCAGAGGAAGACAAUGACUAUAUAUCUCAGCUCUGGAGGAGAAUAGUCUUUGAAGCAGAUAGCUAG